GACGAGGACGAGGACGAGGAGAUGAAGAAGGAGCUCGUCAACUACCUCAUCAAGUUCCAGAAGAAGCACAAGGAGCUGCACGUCGACCACUCGAGCGACGAGACAGACCCGGAUGGCUUCGCGCGCUGGAAAAACCGCGCAGACGUGGCGCGCGACGACGGCGACGUGGAGGCCGGCGGGGACCUUGACGUCGACGUCGACGCCGCCCUGGAGCCGCCGUCGCGGACCACCCUCCAGGAGGCGGCCACGCUGGCCAAGGAGCUGGGCGUGGCCUAG